UCAGAAUUACAAAAUCAGUUAGACUUUGAACUCUUGCUCUCAUAAACUAAACAUUUCAUUUCCCCGGGAGUCUUGAAGUACUGACAACGCACAACCUUUUACGGCGUUCAACGGUAAGUAAAAGGACCUGGAUAUCAUUUUUUUCACACCAUGCAGUGUUCUGGGUGGAAAUGUAGAUUACUGGCUGCAUGUAUUCUUACUCUGUCUUGUUCUGUUACCCAUGGGGUUGAUGUUUUGGUUGUUCCUGUUGAUGGAAGUCAUUGGAUUAAUAUGAGAAUAUUAAUAGAAGAGCUGAAACUUCAUGGACACAACAUCACUGUGCUCCAUUCCUCCACAGCCUGGUACACAAAGGAGAUGUCUGAUCUAUAUCAAUCUAUUACGGUUCAACUACAAGAAUGCCUUGGCCAAAAUAAAACAGAAAAUUUGAUACAAACAUACCUACAAAAAACUUUGAAUGCCUUAAAGAAUGGCUUGACAUUUUGGGCCUUUGUUCAGCUACAAUAUCAGCUUAGGAAUGCUUUGUAUUCAUACCAUCGUUGUGCUGGAGAGUUUACCAAUGCAAUUUUCAGUAACAAAGCUGUUUUGAGGCAACUUGAAGAUGCAAAUUUUGACUUAGUACUCACUGAUCCUGCUUUUGGUACUGGUCCAAUGCUUGCUUAUUAUUUAAAAAUUCCUUUAGUGUACAAUGUUCGAUGGUUCAUCAGUGGGGAAGCUCAUUUAUUCUCUGCCCCAUCGCCACCUUCAUAUAUCCCAAUCACUGGAUCACAAUUUACAAGUAAAAUGGGUUUUCUGCAAAGAAUACAAAAUUUGCUCCUAAAUCUUUUUCGGAUAACUACUUCAAAAUUUCUCAUUCAGCCAAUUUAUAAUGAUCUCUGCCAUCGCUAUCUGGGCCCAGAUACAGACAUUGAGACUGUUCUCCUGAGGGCAGAUGUGUUGCUGAUGAGAGUAGAUUUUAUAUUUGAAUUCCCGAGACCCACCAUGCCAAAUAUUGUUUAUAUUGGAGGAUUCCAGUGUAAACCAUCCAAGCCUUUACCUCUAGAAUUUGAAGAGUUUGUCCAGUCCUCAGGGGACCAUGGGAUUAUUGUCAUGUCACUGGGGACCAUUGUUAGCUCCUUGCCAAUGCAUAUUACAAUGCAAAUAGCAGAGGCCUUUGCUCAAGUACCUCAGAAAGUUAUCUGGAGACAUGACGGAACAAUCCCUCCCAACAUUGGAAAUAAUACACUACUGGCGAAAUGGAUCCCUCAGAAUGAUCUACUCGGGCACCCAAAGACACGAGUCUUUGUUGCCCAUGGUGGCACCAAUGGAGUUUAUGAAGCCAUCUAUCAUGGGGUGCCAGUAGUUGGAAUGCCAUUGAUUUUUGACCAGUUUGAUAAUUUACUCCGACUUGAAAUCCGAGGUGCAGCAAAAGUGAUUAAUGUUGCAACCAUGCGGUCAACAGAUCUAUUGCAGGCACUGAAUGAGGUUAUACAUAACACCUCUUAUCGGGAGAAUAUGCAAAAACUCUCUGCACUGCACAGAGACCAACCUGAGACUCCAAUGGAGAGAGCUAUUUUCUGGAUUGAGUAUGUUGCUCGACAUAAAGGGGCAGCACAUUUACGCUCAGAGUCUUACCGACUCCCCUGGUACGUUUACUAUUGUGUAGAUGUGAUGAUCUUCCUGCUGUCACUGUUCCUCAUAGUUAUAGCGCUGACAGUUGUACUGUUGACCAAACUUUGUAGCAUUGUUCAAAACAGUAAACAAAAAAUUCAGUAAUGUUGAUUCUUUCAAAUCGGAAGAGGGGCUUUGAGUUCUUCCAAUUUUACAAUAAGAGAGUUUAGAUGUAGAAGGAAAAUUUCCUUUCUCGUGAUUGUAUCGUGAAUUUUAACAAUGACCUGUAUUCGAAUCUCACAGUGCUUAAGUCAAAAAUAAUCUUUUUGUGCAGAAAUAGACAUGGCCAAGCCACACUUAAAUUUUAUAAGGAAGAAUCUCAUGUUUUUCCACAUUUUGUACACAGUUAAUCAUCAUAUUCAUUCACAAGGUGGUGAGGAAUAUAAAUGUAAAUAUAAAACAUCUUGGAAUAACUGGCAGUCACUCCCCUACUCGCAUCUGCUUUCAGAAACUCAUGAUUUCCAUUACAACUCAUUGUCAGCUUGUCAGCACUUUUGGUUCCUUUUACCAUAUGUUCCCCUGGUUUGAAUGAUGUACUGGCAAGUUAGUGAACCGUACCAUAUCAUGGAAAAUAUUCCCUGAACUGCUGAAUGGUUCAAUUGGUAUUUACCUGGCUUGAUAUUUCUUUGUUGCUCAAGCACUGGAUACCCUUACCACCUUGACAUUGCUAAUUAUAGUCAUCAAAAUUAAUAAAGAAUUGUUGCAGCAUGA